AUGAAAAAAAAAAAUUGUAUAAUUUUUCCUUUUUAUCGUGUCGAUGUGAAUCCAAAAGGAAAAUUAUAUUAUAUCUCAUUUAAAUUUGUGUGUUUAAGUUUAUACAUGAUUGGAUUUUAUUAUGUUUUGUUAAAUAAUUCAUUAGAAAAUAACAGCUUAGAAAUAACUAAAAAUUGUAAUAUAUAUAAACGCAAUUUAGGUGAAGCAGAAAAAAAUAGUAAGCAUUCUAAAAGGAAAAAGAAUUUAAAACAUAAAAACGAAGGUGUAAAUAAAACAAAAUCGAAUAUAAAUAAUAUUAAAUGUAAUAAACAAAAUGUAAAGGAAUGUAAACAUAGUAUUAAUAAUGAUCAUGAGAAUAGUAAUACGGAGAAUAAUUGUAAUAGUUCUAUAAAUAAUAUAAAUUAUAAUGAUAAGUCAAAACAGUUAACAGAAACUGAAUUACGUGACGUUUUAAAUUCAUUUAAAGAAUGUCCUUCGAAGGAAGAUCUUAAAAAUAUCUGGAAUCACACAAUUGGUGUUGCAAAAGAAGGUGUUGAUGAUAUAGAAAAGAAUUUAAAGAGAUCUAUACAAAAAUAUUUAGACAAUGAUUUUCAUAAAAGUUUUUGUUGCAAUCAUGAGGAAUUUGUAUUUAAUAGUAUAUGGGAAAAAAAUAUUUCCAGAUUUUAUAGAACAAUAGGAACUCAUGAAAUAGAAUACACUAAAACUUUUUUUCGGUUAAUUAAUGAGGAACAUACACUUGAUGAUGUAUUAAAAUUUAUUUAUUCUUUCAUAGAACAUUUUCAGACAUUAAAAAAGGAAUUACAUGAAGAACACCAAAAGGAACUUUUACAAAAAAUUGCAAAAGUCUUGGAUAAGUGA